AUGCCGUGCGCGCUCAUGUUCCCGCUCGUCCGUGACGUGUGGCGUGCGUCCGAGAUGGACCUCUCCGACGGCGGUCGCUGGAUCACGGACGCUUCGCUCGGUGCGCUCGCCUACCUGGACGGGCUGGCCUCGCUCCGCCUCACUCUCUGCCGCUUCCUCACCGACAGCGGCUCCGCGCAGCUCCCGCGCCUCUCUGGGCUCCAGGCCCUCGACGUCUCGUGGACAGAGCUGGGCGACCGCGCAGCGGGGCACCUCGCUGGCUGCCCGGGCCUCACCUCGCUCAAUCUGACCGGGCUGGGAGGGCUGACGGACCGCGGCGUCGCGUCCCUCCUCCCGCUCCGCCGGCUGCAGCGCCUCUCCCUCGCGUCCACCUCGGCCGCAGACGCCGCGCCGACGCCCGCCCGACGCCGGAGCGGAGCAUGCUCACGCGCGCGCGGCGUCUCCGACUUGCGGUGGCUCGAGCUCUCAAACACGCGGAUCACGGACACGGGUGUGGGGAAGCUUGUGGCAAUCAUCGAGGACGGCUCGCCGUACGGCAGCGGCGAAGUAGCCGGACACAGCCACUCAUCCCGCCGUGUCUUUAAGCAGCUCGAGUACCUCGCCCUCUCGAUGACGCCAGGCGUGGGACCGCCUGCAGUCAGGCAGGUUCGCGUCAAGUACGGUUUCGACGCGCCGCUGCCGAAUGCGCAGCGGACGCUGGCAAAGUCCAACGCGGUCGCGUUGGAGGCCUCAAACUGGGUCCUCCGCUUCCGCCCGACAAAGGAGAGGCAGUUGCCCCCCCCGGACAGGACGUGGGAGGCAACACGGCUCGUUUCGUACGUCGCGGCAUACACGCGCGAGAUGAGUGCCGCAGCUGCCGCUGGCCCCCCCCCGCCCCCCCCGCCGCCGCCGCCGCAGCAGCAGCAGCAGCAGCAGCAGCAGCAGCAGGCGGACGCGGGAAAGCGGCAGAGAGUCGGAUAGGUCACAAUUUUGAGCCGAGUGUCUGGCGCAGUCACACAUAAGUCUUGCCCCCACAUCGCAACGUGGCGAAAGCCGAAAGAAGCGCGAGCGAGAGAGACAAGAUGGGGCACGCGGGCACCCGCCAGCAGAGCGCCACGCCCCCCUCGCGGCCUCGGCCCCUGAGCCCUGUUUUCCAAACACUUGGAGCACUUGGAGUGCA